UUUUCUCUUUUAUUUUACACAACUCAUUGAGAAUUUUAAGAUAAAAAUUGUUAAAAAUAUGAAGUUCUCUAAUAACAAAAAAUUUCACAAAAUUUCUAAAAUUUUGAUCAUUUCUUCAAUUUUAUUUUUAAAUUUUUUUGUGAAUUGUUCAACGGCAAUUAGAACACAAAAUGAGAUUUUGGAGGACAAUUGGGGAGACGACACAACAAAUGCAAACCUACAAAGAAUGGUUGAUGAUUUGUAUCCAGCGUCCAUGCUAACGAGUUUAACAGAUCCAGUAGAACUGAACAUGAUUCGGUGGCAACAACCACCAACAAAAAAUAAAAGAAGUAAUCAACCGAGUGUAGGCAAACGUCUGUUUUUAGCAAGAAUUGGAAAACGAGGAAUGAUGAUGCCAAUAUAUCGAGCUAGAGUUGGCUAG